CAAGCUCGCUUCAUACAAAUAAGAAAUAGAUUCGGCUGAGAGACGAAUCAGAAACGAAGUCGCUAAAUUAGGGUAAAAUCAAUCCACACACACACAGAUCGAAAAUCGAAUCGAGAGAGCUGAAUCAUGCCGAAGAACAAGGGAAAGGGAGGAAAGAAUCGAAAGAGAGGUAAGAACGAAGCCGACGACGAGAAACGAGAGCUUGUUUUCAAAGAAGAUGGUCAAGAAUACGCUCAAGUUCUCCGUAUGCUCGGUAACGGUCGAUGCGAAGCUAUGUGCAUCGACGGCACAAAACGUCUCUGUCACAUCCGUGGUAAGAUGCACAAAAAGGUUUGGAUUGCUGCCGGCGAUAUAAUCCUCGUCGGACUCCGUGAUUAUCAGGAUGAUAAGGCUGAUGUUAUCCUUAAAUUCAUGCCUGAUGAGGCUCGUCUUUUGAAAGCUUAUGGUGAGCUUCCUGAGGGUACUAAACUUAAUGAACUUAUUGGUGGUGGUCUUGAUGAUGAAGAGGAUGGUGAUGUUAAUGAUUACAUCGACUUUGAAGAUGAAGAUAUUGAUAAAAUUUAAAUUUCUUUUUGUUUGGUUAAAGUCUUAAUGAAUUCUAAUUAUUAUUAUCAUUAUUAUAUAUCUUUGAUGAUCAUUAUGAUCAUGAUGAUGAUAUGUAAUUUUUGGGGUUUUAUGUUGUACUCUACUGUUGGAUAUCACAUGGAUGAUCAUUUCAAUAAUUUGAAUGCACAAGAAUAAUAUCUUAUUAUCA